AGUUUCUUCCUCUCCUUAUUAUCCUGUGACUAUAAAGGUUGGUUUUAUGAAUCUUUGCCUUGGAUUAUUGGUGUGGAUGUAUUUUUUAAUAAUGGUGGAAUUGUACAGACAGAAAUGAAUACUGGCUUAAUGAUUUAUGAAAUACAAUAUUGCUUAACUUACCGGAACUAUAGUAGAUCUGAGAUUACUAAACUUGCAGUUCUACAUUACUUAAAUAAUUUACAGUUUUUCAUUGAUGGACUGAUGGCUCUAUUUUUCCUUACCUUAAUAUCUUUGUGCUAUUUUGGAUUUAGUCAACUAGCUAACAUCUUCAUUUUCUGUGUUUUUUUUUUUUUUUUUUUUUUUUUUUUUUUUUUUGGGUUGUGGGGGAAAAAAAUGUAUUAUAAUACAAAAAUUCUAGGUUUUUGCAACUGGAGCUAUCUGUGCUGUUACAAUUACUUACUUCUAUUGUUGGUACAAAGAGAUAUAGUUGAUACGUGUUGCAGGUUGUUGAACUAGCUUUGACUGCAGCAACAUUAUAUGGCUGAUCCUCCUGAUAAUUUUAAAAGACCAUUAACUCAGGGACGGAAAUCAAAGAGAACAAGAAGUGUAUUAUCUAUGGGUGAUUGCAUUAGCAAAGGAGAACAAUCCAAAUCUAAAAAGCCUAGAUCAAGACCUUCAAAAUAUACUGUGAUUCCAAAGAAACCUGUGACUGCUAAAGUUCCAUCAGCAGCUGCACAAACUUCUAAACAGCUUAGAAAUGCAGCAAAAGAUCAGAGAGUAUACAACGCUCCUACAUCAGAUGAAGUUGCUGUCAUUUGGCCUGAUAGUGUUUCAUCAAGUCAGAGUUCAUGGCCACACAUUCUUGUGACGGCAAAAUCUGCAAAGUCGCAUCGCAUUGCCCAUUAUUAUGGGUGCUAUGACCCUUUACAGUACCCUUUGCUCUUUCCUAAAGGAAAAUGUGGAUGGCAUCAGGGUUUAAAGAAAAUCUCUCAUGGUGGAGACAGACAAAUAGCAAGUGAACUUGAUCCUAUUCAAUCGUGCGCAGUGCACAGCACGGAAGAUUUUCUUGAUGCAGAAGAAACUCGAGCUCGUAGAAGAAAAACAAAAGCUGAUAGAUAUAUCUCUGCUAGAGAAUAUUACGCUUAUAAGCUGCAGAUUAGAGUAGGAAACAUGCUUUUAAGAGCAGGUCGUGCAUUUUUGCAAUAUAUCACAGAUAUGUACAUCAAAGUUGAAAACACAAGAUUAGAUUUUUUCCGACAAAAUCAGGAUACAAUAAGAGAUGAUCUCUACAAAGGUAUUCUUGACACUGUACAAAGUGGAGAGACAAGUGCAGCCAAUGUUGGACAUAAGUUCAUUUUGCCACCAUCUUUUAUUGGAGGGCCUCGUGAUAUGAAAAGGAGAUACUUAAAUGCCAUGGCCCUUGUGCAGAAGUAUGGGAAGCCUGAUCUCUUUGUCACCAUGACAUGUAACGCUAAUUGGGCAGAAAUAAAAGCGGAAUUAGAGCCUGGUGAGACUGCACAAGAUCGGCCAGAUUUAGUUGCUCGAAUUUUCCAAGCAAAGUUGAUUGCUCUUAAAAAAAAAUCAAGAAAGACAAGGUCUUCGGUGAAGUGGCAGCAAUGAUAUAUGU